AUAUAAGACAUAAUAGUUAUACUUCUGAAACAAACCUUUUUCUCAACUCACUGCGCAGUGCGUGCGUGCAUGCGAUUUGUAAUCUUUAUGUAAUUAAGAAUAGUCUUCCUUACUUCUCUUUGAACAUGACGGACUGCUCAACUACUAACGAAGCAACAGUUGAACCAAACCAAAUAAAUCUUCUUAUCGGUAUUACAAUAGCUGUCUCCACCUCAUUUAUUCAAUCCCUCGGACUUACUAUACAACGAAAAUCACAUGUUCUGAAUGAAAACAUUUAUCCCAAAGAGCUACGGCGAUCUGCAUGCAGAAGACCGUUAUGGCACUUAGGAUUUGACACCUAUCUAAUCUCCAAUAUUAUUGGAAGCGUAUUCUCUAUCGGUUACCUUCCUAUUAUCAUAUUAGCACCUUUGGGUGCAGUAACUUUAAUUUUUAAUGCAUUAUUUGCCCAAUUAUUAUUGGGUGAUGUAUUCUCAAGGAAGUCAGUAAUAGCGGUAAUGAUUGCUUUCUUUGGUGUGGUCAAAGUACAAAACCAUUCUCUUAACGACCUAAUAGAAUUAUAUAAGCGUCCAGCAUUUAUCGCAUAUUUCUCAACCAUCGAGUUUAUCCUUAUUGUAGUUCUUAUCGCAGCCAAAUACGGUGAAUAUUUACUAAAUAGACGAUGUGACCGUGAAUUAAUAUUUGGAUGGCAUUGGAAAAAAUUUCAGACAGUUCUUGGGAUAACAUACGGUAUGGUCGGAGGAAUGAUAUCCAGUCAGAGUUUAUUAUUUGCAAAGAGUGGUAUAGAGUUACUAGUUUUGACAGUUAAUUGUCGAAAUCAAUUUGAUCGACCGUUGAGUUGGAUUAUUGUAAUAGCACUAGUUGUCACAGCCUUAUUACAGGAAUUAGCAUGGUAUCAGAUAUUAUUGGUAAUAUUAGGUAUAUGCAUAUUGUUAUGCGGCGUUCUUGUGUUAUCUUGGAGACGUAGCGUUGCUCCCGAAGAAGGAUUAUUAACAGGGGAAGAUAGAAUGUUAUACGGGCAAGAUAUAGAAGGGUUAACAGAGCUAUAUGAAGGUGAAGUUGG